GGCUGGUGGAAGAUUCUGGAAGUCUGCUGUUUGUUAUUGUUACACUGCACAGAAGACGAGAAGGGAUUUCACCGUAUUUCACGGUACCGCUGAUUUAGUUAAAAAAAAAAAAAUGUUAUAGCUUGAAUCUCAUUAAGUUCGUCUGGACUUUCUUGCGUUAUUUUAAUUUUGUUUGGUUUUGUUUAAAACAAAUUGUUUAGAAACAGUCACUACAUAGCUCGACACUGUAGCUUGCAUUUGAAAUAAUCAGGAGAAUUACUAGUUUGAAGGCAACUAUGGUGAAAGAGACUGGGUUUUAUGAUAUGCUGGGUGUAAAGCCCAAUGCCAGCCCUGAAGAGCUGAAGAAAGCAUAUCGUAAACUGGCACUGAAAUAUCACCCAGAUAAAAAUCCAACAGAGGGGGAGAGGUUCAAACAGAUCUCCCAGGCGUAUGAGGUUUUGUCAGAUGCUAAGAAGAGAGUAGCGUAUGACAGAGGCGGCGAGAAGGCGAUUAAGGAGGGAGGAAGUGGAGGGCCAAGUUUCGGCUCCCCCAUGGACAUUUUUGACAUGUUCUUUGGAGGAGGGGGACGCGUUCACAGGAAACGAAGAGGAAAGAAUGUGGUUCAUCAGUUGACAGUGUCUUUGGAGGACCUAUAUAAUGGAGCCACCAGGAAACUGGCUGUUCAGAAGAAUAUAAUCUGUGAAAAAUGUGAAGGUCGUGGAGGCCGUAAAGGAGUGAUAGAAGUGUGUUCAUUGUGCCGUGGGGUGGGUGUACAGGUCCGAUUACAUCACUUAGCACCUGGCAUGGUACAGCAGAUAUCAACAGUCUGUGCUGGCUGUCAGGGGCAAGGCCAGCGACUCGGUCACCGUGACCGCUGCAAAGCAUGUGCUGGUCGCAAGAUACUACGGCAGAAGAAGAUUCUUGAGGUGCACAUUGAUAAAGGUAUGAAAGAUGGACAGAAAAUAGUCUUCCAUGGGGAGGGGGACCAGGAGCCUGGCCUGGAACCUGGAGACAUUAUCAUUGUCUUAGAUCAGAGAUCACAUCCAGUUUUCACCAGACAAGGAGAGGACCUCAUCAUGAGCAUGGAGCUACAGUUGGUCGAGUCAUUAUGUGGUUUUCAAAAACCCAUUAAAACACUGGACAAAAGAACUAUACUCAUCACAUCCCAUCCAGGGGAGUUGAUCAGACCUGGAGAUAAGAAAUGUGUUCUGAAUGAAGGGAUGCCUGUGCACCGUCAGCCAUUUGAGAAAGGAAGACUCAUUAUUCUUUUCAGUGUCGUCUUCCCUGAAGAGAACUUCCUCCCAUUGGACAAACUAAAGAAGUUAGAGCGAUACCUACCUGAAAAACAAGCAAAUACUGAGCCUGAUGGCAUGGAUGAUGACCUCUAUAUCUAUGCAGACCUUGAAGACUGUGACCUGACCCAUGAGCGUCGUCAUUACCACUAUAUAGAGGAGAAAGACUUUUACACUGGUGGAGGUGUACAGUGCCAAACCUCAUAGAGAUUCCUUUUCUUUUACCCUCAGUUAAACAACAAAUGCCACCUCUGCCGGAACACAAGAAAAUAAAAAGGACCAAUAGGAAAUAAUUGUCAUUACCUCUCAACUAGCUCUGUGCCUAGAAUAAGACCUCUUAGUGCCGAUCUCUUAUGCCAUUGUUUGAUACAAUGUUCCCAUCCAAAAUGUGGAGCUGAUGAUAAAUUGUGAAAAAGUGAGAGGAUCUAUAAAAUGACAUCAAGCAGUAAGAGUUGUAAGACUAGUGCCAUGGAGGAUUGAAGGAGAUUUUAUAGAAAUGUGUGUAGCAUUUUAAAAACGAGGGGGCAUUCAGCCAAGUAGUUUGUGCCAUUAUUCCAGAAUCUCAUCAUCCCAUUUUGGUUUUAAUUCGAUUUGAAAAGGAAUAAUUUUCGGCUUUUUUUUUUUCCAUUUCUGUCUCAGACGUCUGAAGUUUCCUGACUCAGCGGACACAACCAAGGGCAAGUUUAAUUUUGUCUUGUCAGUUUGACAAACCAUGAGAAUCUGUGUUGCAUUUUGUUUAUUGUCAUUUAAUUGUAGGUUACAUGCAAGAUCAUGAUGUUAAUCAUAAUGUUGAUCUUGAUAAUGUUGGAUGUUUUCUAUGAGCUGCCAGCUGAAUGCUAAAUUGUUUUUUUCAAACUAUUUGAACUAUUAAUACAGGAAAUAACUUGAAGGUUUAAGGUCGCACUUAAAAUUGUCAGUGCUUCUAAUAAAAAUAAAAAAUGUUUAAGUUCAAAAUAAUGGCAAACUGGUGAAGUGGUAACUCAAAAAGCUUUAUUUUGUAAAUAGUGCUAUUGUUUAAUUUUGUUACUACUGUUAAAACACUUGCAUGUUGUUUAUAGUUUAGUAUAUGGCCAAAUAUCAACAUUUCACAUCACAACCACAUACUUUUCAUUUAAUCCUGUCGGAGACAAUAAAUGCCAAGAUUGUUUUUUUUUUAAAGAAACCUAUUUAAGUUGCAUUUUUUACAGUUUAAUCAACAGUGGAGAAAACAUUCAAAUCUUUUUUGGUAACUUGUCUUUGAAUUUAAGAUAAUGAAAUUAUAUAAAGAUAAUUAUAAUUCAUUAAAUUAUAAUUACAUUCAACUUAGACAAAAUUGUAAAAAAAAUAAAACUAAUUUUUUUUUUAAAGUGUUUUGCAGCCAACUUGUAUAACUUUGCAGAAAAUUCAUGAUUCCCCCUAUUAUUUUGUUUUUCUUGUCUCAUUUCUCCCAGCAGAAAAGUCUUUUAUAUGAUAAUGCUAUUAUCUGUGCUGUCUUUGAAGAAUAAUUGUAAAAAGUGUAAU